AUGGGUAGAACUGAUAUGUCUAAAACACUUAAUGCCUAUAGAAUAAAAAAAAUAGAACACAUUGGCAGAAUGACAGCCAUGACGCAGGAGGAAAUUAUAGCUGGCGCCCGAACGGUGGCCCAGGGCUUAGAAGCUCUGAGGGUCGAACACACUGGACUCCUCCAAGGACUCCAGUCUCAAGAGGCACCGGAGGCUCGCGACAAAGUCAGUCUCCUCUGUAAAAAUAUUGAGAUGAUAGAGCUGGGCCUGGGAGAAGCUCAGGUAAUGAUGGCCCUCGCCAGCCAGCUUCAAAUGGUUGAGGCGGAGAAACAGAAAUUGAGAACUCAAGUGAAAAGGCUCUGCCAAGAGAAUGCUUGGCUACGUGAUGAGCUUGCUGGUACGCAACAGAAGCUACAGGCUAGUGAACAAGCUAGUAUGAGACAAUACGAUCCAGAUCCACCAGCAGACGAUGAAAAUGUAAAAGACAAACCAAAGGAGGAUCCAAUGGUCGAUUUGUUCCCGGAUGAUGAAGGGGACGAACGAAACACAAUGUCACCAACCCCGCCGUCACAAUUUGCCCAGCAAGUGAACGCCGGCUACGAGAUACCCGCACGUCUGCGUACGCUGCAUAAUUUAGUAAUACAGUACGCAAGUCAAGGCCGUUAUGAAGUUGCAGUUCCACUGUGCAAGCAGGCACUGGAGGACCUUGAGAAGACCUCGGGUCACGAUCACCCAGACGUCGCAACAAUGCUUAACAUACUGGCGCUAGUCUACCGCGAUCAGAACAAGUACAAGGAGGCGGCCAAUUUGCUGAACGACGCGUUAGCGAUCCGUGAAAAAACCCUCGGGGAAAAUCACCCGGCAGUCGCCGCGACGCUUAAUAAUUUGGCGGUGCUCUACGGAAAGCGUGGCAAGUACAAGGAAGCUGAGCCGCUCUGCAAGCGUGCUCUGGAGAUCCGGGAGAAAGUUCUUGGUCGCGACCAUCCAGACGUAGCCAAGCAGCUCAAUAAUUUGGCGCUUCUCUGUCAGAACCAGGGCAAAUAUGAAGAAGUUCAGAGAUAUUAUCAGCGUGCGUUAGAAAUUUAUGAAGCUAAGUUGGGUCCAGACGAUCCCAAUGUUGCUAAGACGAAGAAUAAUUUGGCAUCUUGUUAUUUAAAACAAGGAAAAUACAAAGAUGCUGAAGUUUUAUAUAAACAAGUUCUCACUAGAGCACACGAGCGGGAAUUCGGUGCUAUCGAUGGUGAUAAUAAACCUAUUUGGCAGGUCGCCGAAGAACGAGAAGAAAACAAACAUAGAAAUAAAGAAAAUGCACCUUAUGGCGAGUACGGUGGAUGGCACAAAGCGGCUAAAGUUGACUCACCCACUGUAACUACGACGUUGAAGAAUUUAGGAGCUCUUUACAGACGACAGGGCAAAUACGAAGCUGCUGAAACCCUUGAAGACUGUGCUCUGAGAUCACGCAAGGAAGCCCUGGAUUUAGUAAAACAAGCUAAAGUCGCACAAAUACUUGGUGAUGAGAAAGGCUCAACGCGACGUGGAUCACGUUCGAGCCUGGCGAACAGUGAGCACGAGCAGCACGACGAGGGCUCGCUGCCGCUGGUACAGAGGUCACUUCAUGAUGGACAGUCCACCAACAGCGACACUAGUUCUAAUAAACCCGGGUUCAAAAAUAAAUUCUUCCACGUUUUCGGUAUUAAUUCAAACACGUAG